AGUGCUCGUACUCGUUAGCGGUGUUGCUCGCGUAUAUAAGACACCUUCCUCAACUAUCUGACCUGACCUGGAUCCCGCUGUUUUGACGGUAAUAGACUUAGCACGUUAUCUAAAUAACUUGAGCGCGUGAUUCUUCUAGUAUUAGGGAGUAGACAUAUGAGGUUUUGUUCGAAUAUGAGCAGUCCUUGUUCCUUGGCGCCGUUUAUUAGUUAUUUAAGACCUUAAAAUAUCUUCGCCCUAAAAUCAUAUCCAAGAUCCAAGAUCCAAGAUGGGCCACUCCCGGUGCUUUUCUACCUACGACGACGACUUCGAGUUCGACGAUGCGUAUUUCAGGCAAUUCUACAAACCUUUAUCCAAUCUUCCCACGCCGCCUCCCUCUUCCAAAAAUUCAUCUGCCGCGCAAAGCCCUCGCAUCACCUCCGAGGAUGAAGAGAGCGUUAGUCCAGAAUUCUUAGGCCCCGCUGCCCAUCUAGCAAGAAUGUUACCUCCUGGAGCUUCGUUUAUGACGCCGUCUAUUCCAAUAGUGCAAGGUCUACUGGCACGUGCUGACCUACCGAUGGAUAUCAUUGCGUUGGCGGUCUGCAUCUUGGACUCGUUAAAUUCUCGAUUCUCUCGAAGUUGGCGGAUAUCUUUCCCCUUAAACAGGCCAAACGAACUCGGUCCCAAACGCCACACUCUACCAUCCGGUGUCGUUCAGGCUGUCCAUAUCGAUAAUGUUCUCCCCGAGGUUAUAAUUUUGGCUGCAUUAGUGAUUGCAGACAAGUUCGUGGAGGAUUUACAGGAAUCUACCCAAUACUAUGGCUCCGCAUGGGGCCAGAAUCUCUGGACGUGUGAGCAGAUUAAUUUCACCGAAAGAUGUAUUAUGGAAAACCUGGGCUACCGUAUUCUUCCUCUGUGGGAGGCUAAAUCUAUCAAGCAAGCGAGACACGAUAUCGAGAUGGCUCGGCGAGAGCUGAUCAAUGAGGAGAUUGGAAUGGAGGACGAAAGCAAAUUGGCCAAGCAUGGGAAGUCGAUGAGUUCGGGACGUGCUAUAAUUGGCUUGGGUAUACAACUGACACCUGUCGAUACCCCCAAGUCAGAAUUGUCUACUCCAUUCGGUCACAUUCAUGAUGUUGCGCCAGAAAUUCGAGAGGCCUUUAGUAACCGUACGACCUUGCCGGGGGACUAUUUACAUCUCCCCCCGACGGCAUUUACUCAAUGAAUCGGAUGUCAAGGCGUGAUUACGAUUCUGCACGCUCGAAAAUAUACCAUCUUCGUUAACCUGCAUAGCAUAUUGGCUGCAUAGGCUUGGUUGGAUUUACGUUGGAACCGCGGCCAGGGUUUCAUUCCGCUUCUCGAUAAUCUUGCUGGUUUUUUCCCAUCCAUCGGGUCGACCCAUCCGGGCCAAGGGAGUUGUGCGUCAUGGAGUUCUAGGGGGGACCGGGUCCUGGGUCGGAGUACAGGUCUUGCAUUGGCUUGGAAAGGUCACAUUGGGGGACACGCGUCCUACAAAAUUAUACCCACUAGUAAUAUAUUAGUCUUUCAUCCGUUCACCAUGGUCUUGAUGGCCUCAACGCCUGGCCCGAUUACAAUUGCGUCCUUCAUUUCUACUCUGGUAAGAAGACUACUACUCAUACGACAGAAUUUUCAUCGUGGGCCUAUUUAUACCGCGCCAGGCUGAACGGACCGAUGUCCACCGUUAGAGCUGAGAAGGCUUUCUACCAUGCCCUUUCACCCCGGGUUUCU